GCUGUGCCUGCUCCCCCGAGGGCUCGGUCUCCGAGCUCUGCGACCCUGUGAGCGGGCAGUGCCGAUGCCAGCACGGGGCCAUGGGGCGCCGGUGCAACCAGUGCUUGCCGGGCCAGUGGGGCUUUCCGGCCUGCCGGCCCUGCCACUGCAACGGGCACUCGGAGGAGUGCGACACCCACACUGGGGCCUGCCAGCAGUGCCGCGAUGCCACCACGGGACGCCACUGUGAGAGGUGCUUGGAGGGUUACUAUGGCGACCCGGUGCUGGGCUCCGGGCAGCAGUGCCGGCCCUGCCCAUGCCCUGGGUACCCUGGGACUCGGCAUUACCAUGGCAACUCCUGCCACGCCGACAAGGAGACCAAUCAAAUCGUCUGUCUGUGUGCCCCAGGCUAUACAG